UAACUGUUAUAUGCUCUUUUUUGAACGAGAUAUCAUUAAACAAAUUAACAAUGGUGGUGGAUUGUAUAUUUGUGAUAUAUUGGUGAUAUAUUUAUUACGAUUAAUUGGCCUACUCCCCAUUUAUUGAAAGAAAUUGAUCGAUGGAAUAAAUUUGAUUCAAACAUUAAAUUAAAAGCUCAAGUUGGUUAUUCAACAAAUUUUCUUGAUUUAUAUAUAGAAAAUUUAAAAAAUGGUGAAUUAUUUACAGAAGUUUAUCAUAAACCAUCUUACGAGCCAUAUUAUUUACCAUUUAAUAGUGUUCAUCCUAUGUAUAUGAAAAAGAAUAUUCCAUUUGCUAUGUUAAUUCGUACUAUUAAAUAUUGUUCACUAUUUGAGGCAUAUUUAAAUGAACGUGAAAAAUUAAGAAUAACUUUAUUAUUAAAUAAAUAUCCUGGUGAAUUUAAAGAGAAAAAAUUCAGUUACGUAUUUGAAAAAUAUAAUAUUAAUCAGUCAUUAUCGACAAAAAAUUAUAAUACAUUACGAGAGAAGAUGAUCUACAUGGAUAUGAAAGAAAAAAUUUCAAUUGAUUAUGGAAAAACAAUGUUCAUUCAUUUUACCUAUUGUUUAAAUUUGAAAACAUUUCCAGCAAAAUUUCAUGCUCUCCGGAACAAAUGCUUUAUUGAGUCUGCAAUAAAUGAAAUGAAACCGGUCUUAGGUACUCGUAAUGUUAGAAAUUUACAACGACAGCUAAUACGCAACCAAUAA